ACUUCCGGUGCAUUUCGUUAUGGCAGAUCGCCCUCCCGUCCGCUCUCGGACGCUACAAAGGUGAAGUUUUCGGGGCUGUGCAAAAAUUUGUGCGGCUUUCUCGGGCGACGUAGACGGAGCCGAAGGGAUGUCCAGACUACCCAAGGGCUGAUCCAGCGAGCUCGGCGGCUUUGAUCCAUAAGGGUGACCUGGACCAUUGCAGUUCAAGCUCCUGCAAAUGGGAAUGGGCCCAGUGUUCCGCCACUGCCCGUGUCUGCGCCCAGCACGAGAGGAAGUCCGAGUCCUGGACUAUGCCCACUGCGGACUGGAGGAGGUUCCGUCGGAGGUCUUCAACUAUGAGCGCACCCUGGAGGAGCUCUACCUCAAUGCAAAUCAGAUCAAGGACCUGCCACGGCCACUGUUUCACUGCCAUGGACUGCGCAAGCUGAACCUUAGUGACAAUGAUAUCCAGACAUUGCCGCCUGCAUUGUCCUCCUUGGUUGGUCUCGAAGAGCUGGACAUCAGCAAGAACAACGUGAUCGAAAUUCCGGACAACAUCAAGGGUUGCAAGUGCCUAUCCAUCGUCGAGGCUAGUGUCAACCCCGUUGGAAAGCUUCCCGAAGGCUUCACGCAACUCAUCAACAUUGAGCAGCUGUACUUGAACGACACUUUUCUAGAAUACUUGCCCGCAAACUUUGGAAGGCUCUCAAAGUUAAAAAUAUUGGAACUUCGCGAGAACCACCUCAAAGUGCUCCCAAAGUCGAUGGCAAGGCUUACUGAGCUAGUUCGACUGGACAUCGGCCAGAACGACUUUGCUGAACUGCCGGAGGUGAUUGGAAGUCUGCCCAGUCUCACAGAACUCUGGUGCGACAACAACCGGCUGACAGCUCUGCCAUCGUACCUUGGGAAUCUCGUGAAGCUCACUUACUUGGACGCCAGCCGGAACCGGAUCUCAUACGUUGCGGAAGAAAUCGAGCACCUGGCGGUGCUCUCCGAUCUCACGCUCACCGCCAACAAGUUGCAAAAGGUUCCGGAGACCCUGGGCUGUCUUCAAAGCUUGACAACGUUGCGACUGGACGACAAUCACUUAGCUACCCUGCCGGACAGCAUUGGACAGUUGUGCAAGCUGGAAGAGCUGAUAAUCAAUGGUAAUGAGAUUGACUCUCUACCUUCUACGGUGGGACUACUACGGAGUCUUUCAAUACUCAUCGCCGACGACAACCUCUUGGAGGACCUGCCACCUGAGAUCGGGAGCUGCGGGAAGCUGCGGGUGUUGUCUCUGCGCGACAACCGCCUCUGCAACGUGCCGGAUGAGCUGGGCCACCUAGGGGCGCUGCGGGUCGUGAACCUGAGCGGGAACCAGCUGCGCCACCUGCCGGUCAGCCUCGCCAAGCUCGGGGGCCUCCACGCCCUCUGGCUCUCGCAGAACCAGACGAAACCACUGGUGCUGCUCCAGUCUGAUCUGGACCGAGAGACCGGCCAGAGGGUGCUCACCUGCUUCCUGCUUCCCCAGGAGUCGCCAUCUGCUCACGGAGAAAAGCCCGAUGUCGUUGAGGACGACAGCAGCGUGGUGCCGGGCGAGCGGAGAGGAACCAUCACGUUUGCGUUCGACGUUGACGUUGAUCGCCCCGUACGUUCGAAAGAGGGCCGACUGGUCCGCUCGCCCACGCCGUACCCGAAAGAGCUCAAGGCGCGUGCUCGGCACGUCAGGAAUCUCCGUAGGCAGAUGAACGGUGACGUGGUUGGCCCUGGGGCCGUCGUGGUUUCGCAGCCAACGUCGCGGAUGGAAGGGUUCGGGCGACCCGAAGCUGCCCCCCUCGAGCGGACCCCCCCCGACCCCCAAGUGAGGGAGGCCAAGGUGGUCCACCCGUCCCCCCCCACCACCCAGGACCUCGCGCAGGUCCACGUCGACACGCAUGACCUCACCAUAAGGCAUCGGGACGCGAGUCUCGCAACGGCGGAGGAAUACCCUUGCCGCCAGACCCCGCACAACAUGUUCACAACCACCAACAACAACAUUGCCAUGUGCACCGACCUAGAAACCGUCAAGUCCCUAGCCAGCCAGCCCUGCCAGAGUCCUCCCCUCAGCAGCAUCGUCACGCGAAAUCCAGCACCUUCCCCGGACCUUCAUCAGCUUCAUCAUCAGCAUCUUCAGCAACACCCGGGGGCACCACAUGCAGCAGCUCACCAGCAAGAACAACAACAACAUCAACAGCAACUACUUCUACUACAGCAUGAGCAACAGCAGCAGGCACAUCAUCACCCCGCACAACCGCACGCCACGGCACACCAUCCCACGCCGCAUCAACACCAGACGUUGCCGCGGCAGCAGGUGGCACCGCACCGCGCGUCGCCGCAACAGCAGCACCACCAGGCGUCCUGGGAAGACACUCAGCGGCAGUAUGAGCGUGGAGUCGACUCAGCCUACCAGCACCACGAACCGCAGCAUGCGGCCAAGCCCCACCCGCACUCUCACCCGUUCGAGAAGUUCGCCGUCGCGGGAUCUCGCGGAAGCCUCGUCGAAAAGUUCCAGCACCGCCUCGUGGUGUCGGCGGAAGACUCGGUCGACCAGCAGGGCUACAAGAGCGACCAGGAGACGUACGUUCAGCAACCCGGGAAGAGCGGCACGCCUGCAAGAGGCUACCACGACGGCUACUCGAGCGACUGGGAUGCGUCGGCCACCCUUCCGCGCGGAUUCUCGCUGUCGCGGCCGCCCGACGUCGUGCCGGGCUACUUCCGCCAGUGCCCGGCGUCCCCCGGGAGGACGCUUCCGCGGAGGGGCUCGAGUCCGGUGUCGCCGCGGAUGUGCACGAGGUCACCGCGAAAGAUGGCGGCGUUUGCGGUGCAGGCGCCACACCCGCUGAGGCCUGCACCCGCCGCGCUGGAGGGUGCGGCGGAGGGGGCGGCGCCGUUCCUGCUGCCACAGUACUGUGGGGACCUGCGGACGUCCAAGGAAGGCUACAGCCUGCCCGUGAGAAGGGGCCCGCCGCCGGCCGACUGGGCCCCGCCAGAGCGCCUUGCACCCCGCGCGGAGGACGAAGACCUGGCUCCGUCCCAAUCCAGCUCGUCUCUGGCAUCGUCCGGCUGCCUCCCAGGCGAAGACCUGUCCCUGUCCAGCCUCAACUCGGUGACCCCGGACAGCGGGCCAUCCCCGACCACCCCCUGCUUCCAGGUGCCCGAAGAGGAAGAGGAAGAAGAGGAAGAGGCACCGCCGCUGCCCCCGAGGCCGCGCGGAGACUCUUCGAGCGCCCCCGUGCCGCCGCCCAAGCCGGACUUCCUGCUCCAGCGUAGCGUGUCGUGCAAGUCCGCCGACCUGCCGCUCGUUCACAAUGAGGUGGUUCUCGAGAAAGGGUCAGAGGUGGAUUUUGUCCUCGAAAACAGGGUGUCGGUUCCGGGGGUCUUUGUGAAGGAAGUCAAUCCACGCGGGGUGGCGGCGGGAAAACUCGAGGUCGGGGACAAGAUUCUUCGGGUUGACGGCUUAGAUGUCUCCAGCGCCGAAGUCAACUAUGCCCUGGGUGCAUUGGUCAGUUCUGGUCCCAAGGUCAGGCUAAUCUUUGCCAGGCACCAAUGACAGACAACCUGCUGAGGGGACAGUUUCAGCAUCGUCACGACUACUGUCAGCCGUCGGAGAAGAAGGGCAUAACGACACCCAUGUCGGGAACCAGUGACUGGUAGCCGGAAGGCGGGGAGGAAGUUUCUCAAGACGGCGUCGGCUCAAAACACAAAGUACAACGGUCGUCUUGCAUCGUUUGCGGCAUCGCGCAGACCUCGAUUUUGCAGCAGAGCUGUUGUGGUUCUUUGAUAGCAACAGAAAGGACUAAAAUCAACGACGUCAACCGAGGCGGGCGCACCUACAGCCGACCGACUCAGCGUCGCGGAUCGUUGCAUAUUGGCCGAGCGGGGCUGCUUCGUUAAGUUUGUCAGUUCGGUGCCAGCGACGAAUUAGUGCCACACUAAGCAUGUCCGUUAAGGCUGGCUCACCCAUACAGCGCUGCGCUUUCUCGGCAUCAACGCUAUACUGCAUGUAAACUAACCAGGCACGUAGCCAGGUUUUUGUUUUGGGGGGGGGGGGGGGGGGGGGGGGGGAGAGGCGCGCUUAUGACAAAAUGCUGUGUGAGAGAUAGGGGGAAGAGGAGGUCCCAGCAAAAUGGAAGAUUUGGGGGGAGGGGAGGGCCGGGCCCUAUGGGCCCCCCCCUGGCUACGUGCCUAAAACUAACGCUUAUAAGGUACUUUAGACGGCCCACAAAAAUCGGUUUCUCAACGUAUGGCGCUGCAAUUUACUUCAGAGGUGCAAGCAGGUGGUGCAAGUACAGUGAAAAAAUCAAGGGAUGUACUUACCUCGUUCAGAACAAGAAAAAAAAAAUCUUUUUCUGGGCAAUUUUUGCUGCCACUUUGCAGACGAUGCACACAUGGAGAGAAGUGCUGCCGACCGAUCGCGUACGCCGUGUCAAGGGAGUGCCAGCCGUUUCGGGUUGAUAACAAACCACCAAAACAAAUGUUUUUUUUUUUUUUUCUUUGGAAUGAGGUAAGUUUGUUUCUUGACUUUUUUGCUGUAAACUUCCACCACCCGCUUUCACCUCUAGUAAAUUGCAGUGCGACACGUUGAGAAACGAAUUUUUACAGGCCGUCUAAGGUGCCUUAGAAGCAUUAGUUUACAUGCUGUAGAAGCAGCGCUGUCUUGAACAUAAAUAACAGCGAUGCAAUGCUGUUUCAGCACUGUGCAUUGAUAGUAUAGUGCAAUGUGAGUGCUCCAUCAGCACUAAGAGGUCAGUGAUAUUUUCAGCAUUCACUUGGCACUGCGCUGUAUGCGUGAACAGGCCUUUAUCACGAAGAGAGAAUGCAAUAUGGUCGAUUACUAGCUAUAAUAAUAUGUUCAUUGUUGAUGUCACUAGUGAGUUGUAUGCUUUGCUUUUAACGAGCCCACCCACUCUGUAAUCAUUUGAGAAACAUCUCUAUCAUUUUAGUCUACAUUCUCAUUUUUGGCCGUCUCACUGACGACUUUGGUUUGUGGCUGUUUGUUGUUUUUGAGCUUUUUGACGUCACCUACUUUUCUGUCUUUUUGUUUUAAAGGCCAGGGCUGUGUCAACUGACUGUUAUGUUUUUUUGGUUUUGUACAUAUGUAUACAUUGCACUUUAUGGUUUCUCAUUUAGUUGAAGAUGCACAAGUUGUAUCAUUAGCCACUUCACAUUUUGUUGGGGUGCAGAGAAAUUCUUUCUGCGGGUGGCACGAACACUUGUUUAGGCUUACCGACUUUCUGUCUGGCGGCAGUUCGGUCAUCAAUGCCGUCAACUCGCUGGAUUUUGUGCAUCUUUCCAAGCGUCGCUAAAGAGAGGGGAAGGGAUGUGACGUUUCCUUUCCUGUUAUUUAUUUGAGUAUUUAUACUAUUUAUUUGCUUAUUUAUUCUUGAGUAUAUAUGCCGAAAUCUCAGCGACGUUCUAAGCAUCCAGAGGAAAUGGUUACUAUUGGGUUUUGUUAUUUGUGCCUCAAAUGCUUAAGAUUUUCAUUCUUACACCGAAAACGGAAGUUUCUGUUUUGCUGUUUUCGAUUCAAGCUGCGACGCAUUCACACACAACCUCCGAAAUAUUUUUCUGUUUCCGGUCAUAUUUUCCGUCUUUCCUUUUGUUUUGUUUUUUGUUCAAACGAGCGGCCCACUAUUUGCUCACAGUUUCGUUGGUCGUGUCUUCACGUGCCCGAUUGCAGAUGGGCGUCAUGAAUCUUAUCGCGGCUUUGCAAUGGCCGAAGCUUGUUUCACAAGUGACCAGUUCUGGGUUUCCUCCUAUUAGAAACUUGUUCUCAAGCAACGGAAGACGGUCAGGCCGGUAGGACAAAAAGGCCUAUAUUUUGUACUCUACUGCGGUUACACUACCACUAACUCGCCGACGCAGAGUUUGACUAGAACUCGAAGCUCAACCGGCAAAUACUAAGCGAAUACACUUUGGCAGCUCAGCGUUUGCAAAACCGGUGAGGUCAUCACACAUAUCGCAAAACUGCACAACGAGAAUCGCAAACUGCAGGUGAUAGCAUAUCAAUAAUGCGCGUCGACCGCGGGUGGGGCAGGAUGUUUCGAGUCUCGCACGGCGAGGACUGUUGCCUUAACGACAGGCGAACUAUGCGCCGCUGGGGGUUCUCGGGUUAUGCACCGACCUUUUUGCUCUCGUGUUCGUGUUUCCGGUUGGUGUUGAGGUGUCUAUCGGUGCGUUCCCCAGGUCUCUUGUGCUCCGGUCUCUGGUGUGUAAGCCCAAAACGUCGUGCCGGGGUUUGGCAGCUACGGGAGAUGUCUUGCGAGCAACUACCAAGUUAAAACUCCCGUCGUAGCCAUGUCUUGGAGGCUGACUGUGAAAGUGAUGGUAGCCCAAACUCGUAGGCUUAUAAAGAUCAGUAUUUUGACAGAACAGAUCCCAACUUUACAGUAUGACUGACUGGCUUAUAAACCCUAGAGUUUUGAAAAUUGGGUUUGUUAUAUUAGGGUUCGUUAUAAGUGGACUAGCAUUUACGCACGAUGAGGCUUGCUUUAAAUUUGUUGUUUACUCCGUAUGAGUAUGUUAUAACCAAAGUGUGUUACAAGUGGGCCUGUUACUAUAAUUCAGCUGCACACUACAUUUCCUGUCUUUUGACCCGUGUGCUAGGGACAGCAGUUUAUGUCAAAACAGCUAAUCUGACAACGCCACUUACAGGAUGUAGCACCUUGAAUUUCUAAUUUGGUUAAAUAAUAAUGCAGCCUUCUUUGUGCAAGAACAGUAUUGUGGCAACAUCUUUUGAUUGUGCCAACAACAAUGCUAUGCCUACAUUUGGAUCUGUCUCGUUUCUGAAAAGAAAGUGACUUUUUGCAUAAAUUUUUUAAAUUUAUAAAACAUAAUUUGCUAAUGUUUUUUGAUAGCCAAAUGCACUACAGAAUGACACCUUUGUGUUUGAUUAGACCUCAAUGCAUUUAGUUGCUCUUUUCUGCAGUCAAUUUUUAUGCUUGCAUCACUGUUUUUAAUAAUGAAGACUACUAAUGUUAAUGAAGCCGGUAUGAAUUGGGUUGCUGGUUUCAAAUGGAUAAUGCAUGUCUACGAAGAACCCACAGAUUUCUAGGAUAUCUAUUCUUGUCUGUACCAUGUUUGAGAGGCUGAGGCUUAUAUUUCGGGCCUACUACUGCUAGACGAUAGCCGUCAUUUGAGUUGACAUAUGGAACUAAAGGGUGUCUCGGAAGAAACCCGACGCUGUAAACCAGUCUGUAAAAAGCUACAUGGGGAUGUAGCGCAUUGUAUUUUUUUAAGACCCGUUUUACUGGUCGUCGUACUAUAAUGAAAUUAUAGGCCUUAAUGCCUCAACCUGGUGUGUCUAAGAAGUCUACGCGGAGCGCAAGUUCGUCUGCUGCUUCCGCAGGGUUUGCAGUGAUGUCAGAAUGCCAAGCUGUAAUUGGCUCCGAUGGGAAGGAUAGCGGUUAGACUUCAAUGCUAGCUGCCCACUAUCCUUCCAGUCGGAGCCAAUCAGAGCUUGGCGUUCUGACGUCACCGCAAUGUCUGCAAAAAGCAGACAAGCUUGAGCUUUGCUUUUUCUGUGACUGAACCAUACCCAGCAAAGACAGAUUUAAUGGUAGCCACGUUUUAUGCUUCUAGCAGAUGGCAUCACCUUUGUCAGUUGGUGUUUGAAGAGGCCAUAAAUUAAAUGCGUGAGAAUGUUAUAGUUGGGUACUGACCUAUCACAGAACAUAAAAACUACAAUCACCGAUUGCCCAUAUAUGCUGAAUCCUGAAUUGCAGUUUUAUUACAAUAUGGUAGUCAGGAAAAUUACACCUUUGACAAAAAUUACAAAGUGCUGCAUCAUUUUGUUGCUUUCUCGGUGCAAUUUUUGGAGCGUAGCGCUUUUGAGACGCCCUUUUAUUAUUAUAGAUUGUUGGAGCUGCUGUUAAGGUUCAGACAGGUUUUUGGAAGGAAAAAUGUUGGUGUACAUGUGUUUUUUUUCUUGGGAUGUUCCUGUCUUGUUGCCGGCACCUCGAGCUAGCGUUUUAACAUACUGGGAGCCGUAUGGAGACUCAGACUCACAAGUUGUGUUCAUGUUUGCUAUACACACACAUAUAUACUAUGGAAGGGAUCCGAGUUUUCAGGAGACACUCUUCUAUAGUGCUCUCUCUCCCUUGCAGUCCUGCAUUUAGGCUGGUUGUUUUUAAGGAGAGACAUGUACAUAAUAACCUCUACACUACACACAAGGAGUUGAUGGAUUCCUUUUUUGUGUUUGUUUGUUGCUGACGUUUUACUUAACCCACUGUAUGAAUACUCUCCUCUUUGCCGUAUUUCGGGGUUCUCCACUUUAGGCCUAGUUAUCACCAAAGAUAUGUUGUAUUUUUAUUUUUUUUCUGGGUGAGUUUGUGAGAUGCAUUUUUUGGAGAUUUGAGUUUCAUGACUUCUUAAUAAACAUUGCAGUUGGAGAACG